AUGCAAGACGCUCAUUUUCCUUUGUAUCGUGAGGCAGAGGUGCAAAUAUGGCGUGACAACUUUCGCAUCUGGAUGUCUUUCUCUCAAAGGUUGUCAAGGCAAGAAUGCCGGCUAUCCGAAGAUCGAUAUCCCGAAAACCGCAGACGAGGUUGCCUCUCGUUUGUGGAUGUUCUGAAACACUCUCGCUUCGACUACCACCCAUCCGAUGAGUUCGUCCUCCCACUCUCAUUACCUCAAUUCUCGAAUGUCAAACAACCCUUGUCCUCUCGUGCCUCGUACAUACGCACAUCGCAACGCGUUACCUCGAUACCGGGCACCAAGGGCAUUUCUUCGCCUUUCAUCCUUCCCUCCUCACUUUUCCCCCCUCAUCGACAUGUUUUGGUUUUUGCCUACGACUAUCCGUUCAUUCUAUUCAUUGUGACCGUCGUGUUCAACUGUCUGUCUCGCUGUCUGUCCCGACCGUCUCGCUGGCAUGCGCUUCACUGGCGACUGGUCAUCUUGUUCCCGCCGAGCUGUGCUCAUGUAACCUUUAUUUGCACUAUAGAGCUGAUCGAUGCCCUAUUCGUGGACUGCCCGUUUGAACGAAAGAAAGCGGGCGGGAAACGCAAUUGGAUUCGCGGAAGAGGCAUCACUGAUGUCACCUAUUCAAUAAAUGUUCAAUAUAUAACUCCGAGUCCGUAG